UGUGUAUUCGGUGAGAACAUGGAUUGUGAUUGUUCGGUGUAUGGUAAUGGACAGUCGAACGCCAUCCUCUUCAACAUCCUCAGCCGAGGCGAGUCGACUCCGAAGAGGGUUCCUCAGACGUGCCACUGCGAGAAACGCAGGACGGUUUGUCUGAAGACUCCCGGCGAGACGUGUCAGACCGCUUCAGACGUGCUGGUGAAGACCGUGCACUUCAUGAAGAGCUUGCCGGCGUUCCAGCAGCUGCCACCUAAAGACCAGCUGUCUCUGCUGCAGAACUGCUGGGCUCCGCUCUUCAUUCUGGGUCUGGCUCAGGACCGGGUUCUCUUCGAGGUGCACGACUCUCCGGCGCCCAGCAUGCUGAAGAGAAUCCUGCUGAACGGCCGAGAGACGCCGAGCUCCGAUCCAGAGCAGCCCACGCUUCGAGCCUGCCUCAAGAAGUUCUGGAGUCUGGAUUUAAGCCCCAAGGAGUACGCUUAUCUGAAAGGCACCGUGAUAUUCAAUCCAGGUACGGUCUCCAAAACCAACAUGGUGUUGCACAUUAACAUAUUUAGACACUAA